UUCGUGCCCAUACGUAGCCAGUUGAUUGAGAUAGAGCGUGUGCUCGUUAAGCCCGCGGUGACAUCGUCGAGCUGUGGGGCACAUGCUGAGCUGGGACACUGCCGACAUAUCGUCAUAAUUCUCGUCAGUUCGAUCAGUGUUUCUUCUGUAGGUGUUUUCGAGGGAACUGCAGCUCGAGUCGCACGAGAUUCGACGCUGCACCCUGGACGGUUGGCUUCGGAUGCGCAGUGCAUUGCGUGCAGGAUACGUGGUCGUCAGUCAAGUUAGACUGAGCACAAGUCGUAGCCAUGCCUGCUGUCUCGAAGGAAGACCAGGGCGCCACUCCUGCCGGAUUCGCCGAAAUCCUCGCUAAUGCAGAUGCCGGUGUUUUCGGCAGCGCGGACAAUGUCCUCGCAAUCUUCAAAGCUGCCGACGAGGAAUUCUGCAACGUUGGCACCACCUGUCUCAGUGCCACCUGUACAUUCAGCGAGAUAGAUUCGUGCUGGGCCGUCGGCUGUCAGCGAGGGUGGAAUGAGCUGUUCAACCGGCGUGGUGUCGAGGUGAUCCAACUGCAGAAGCGAACACUUUACUUUCGAACGUCGGACGUCAACCCGGAGGACUUGGAGGCGAAUGGUGAUGUUAAGUUUCUUUGCCUGUACCUAUGGCUUUUGCGACAGCAUCGCUGCAUAUCUGGAGUCAUCCUGUCUAUUCCGGUCCUGGCACCGAGGCACGAGUCUCUGUUCAUGUCUCUGCUAAAGCUUACGGAUUACGUAGAAAAGUGCGAGAUGCACGGCAAUUACCCAUUCAUAGGACGUUCUCUCGCAAAAUCCGAUUCAAGAGUGAUCCUUCUAGAUAACCUAUGUCGACUGAGAGAACUGGGACUGGCUACGGUUCACUUACUCGAUGACGACGUCGCUAUCCUGGCCCGUCUCGUGGAGCAAAAUCCAUUGCUGGUUGCUCUUGUCAUCAUCGACGUAGAUAUGAGUGCGCUCGCGUUAGCAGAGCUCAUCGAAAGGGUGGUCGAGCACAAGAAACUGGAGGACUUCCGUAUUAAGAUGAGGGCUAAGGAGCCGCAGACGGUGUUCAACGAUGCCCUGAGUUUUAUCGGCCAGUCUCGCACAAUCUCGAGGCUGUACGUGCACGUCGACCACGGCUUGCUAAGCCUGCUGAGGGGUCUCCUCGAAAGCUCGUCGCUUAGAGAACUAACGCUGGAGCCGAUGAUCGAUGAUGCGAAAGUGCUGUGUGCGCUGGCCGACUUGCUGGAAAAACAGGCGUCUUGCAUUCGCUUGAAGGCUUGCUUCCAGGCCAGACAUCUUUCGCUAAUUCCCGACGCGCUCGACAAUCUGGAGCGAAUGGUCAGCAAGAGUUCGCUCAGCGUCCUGGUGCUUUCGGGAUCGGUGUUCACGCACCUGCCGGCGUGUCAGCUCGCCAACGCGCUCGCAGAGAGCAAAACUUUGAGGAAGCUCUUCUUGCAGGACUGCCAGCUCACGUGCGCAGACGUCCAGCCCUUCGUGGUGGCCAUCCGUAGGUCCAGCCAAUUCGAGGAACUCAACGUGGGAGCUGUGACCGGGAGGGAGAAUGAGCAGUGCGAGCUCUUGAAUAACAUGGCAGAAUUCGCAGUCUGUGACAAGAUCACGCUGACCUAUAAGGACUGUCUCGUGGCGAGUUUGCAGAAAGCACUGCAAACAAGCCUUAAGUUUGUCAACAUUUCGCUCUCCUAUGGCGAAAAUACAGAGGCUGAGCCUAUUCUCCGUGCCAUGAGGGGCACGGUGAAGACCCUGAAGAGCCUCUGCAUCGACACUCCUCGAGUACUCAGCAGCCUCGGUGGUCAGUUCCUGGCGAACCUCAUCCGGAAUGGCGACUCACUAAAGGUUGUCCGACUGCGCUGCCGCACCAAGGCGAGCGCGUCCAUCCAGAUACUCAAAGCUUUAGCUGAGUCUAGUAGCGUGGUUGUCCUAACCAUCGAGCGCUGGGACUUGAGCGAAAACGUCCAACGCAUAUUCGUCGACAUGCUUCGCCAGAACCGCAGCCUGAACCGCCUGGAGUUCUACUGGAACAACGUGAGCGAGUACGAGUCGUUCAAGAAGUGCCUGAUCAAUGGUCUCCAGUUCAACCACUCUAUAAUAGCCGUGAAGAUGCACCAGGGCCCGCAACGCGACGAACUGGCCGUACGUGACUUCGAGCUCUUGCAGUACCUCCACAGGAACGAGAUGAUACUCGCCUGGAUCGCGGACGUCAUCCUGAGGGACGGAAGGUGUCCUGAGGGUGCCGCUGUUGUUGACUUGCUGAACAGCUGCGAGGCUCCUCUAGACCUGUUUCAGCCGACUUCCGAUUCCUUGCAGCGUGCGGCUAACACUCGCUUUGCUCGCAUGGCGACCAGGACGCACUUCUACGCCCUGCUUACUGCGUUCCGCGGUCGGCCGGACUUUGAGUUGACGGCUGGUAAACGAGCGCUCUUUGAAGACCUCCAUGAUUCUAUUAUUGACGAGGUGUCGAGUUCACUGGGACUCGAAAAGCCCACUAGUACGGGUAGCAGCACCUCUGACGGGCAGUGAGAUCGUUUGUGCAAUUUUCUUGUUUUUCACAUGUAUGCAGUGCGUGGCUGAGCUACACAGCGAACUGAUAAUGAGCACACGUUUCAAAACAGUUCGAUGUUUGGUGGUUCCACUUAUAUCCUUGUUCAAUACUUUAUCGGAACUCUAUCACUUGGACUUGUUCUCCUAACCAUAUAUAUAAUUUUAGCUAGAAUUCGCGUACUCCCGGUGUAAAAUUGGCAGCAAAACACAUUAAGAAAAUUAGUGUUUUUUUUUUCGCUUUACCGUUCGGUCCAACACGCCUCCUGCAGAUCACUUGUUUUAUGCAAUAAACUUCA